CUCAGCAAUAAACCAAGAGAGACCAACAUUAUUGCAUCUAUCGGAGACUACAAAGUGUCGCUGAAAGCAAAAAAGGGGCGAUGGAGAUUCAAGUGAGGUCGUCAACAAUGGUCCGUCCAGCACAAGAUGAACCAACCAGGACCCUGUGGAGCUCCAACUUAGACGUGGUGGCAUCAAGGAAGCAUGUCUCUCUGGUAUACUUUUACAGGCCCAUAACCAUUAAUGGUUCUAAUAGGAGUUUCUUCGACACUGGUGCGCUGAAAGAUUCUCUAAGCAAAGUCCUGGUGCCCUUCUAUCCCCUCGCCGGGAGGCUGGGUUGGGAUCCUGAUGGGAGGAUUCAAGUCAACUGCAACGGUGAGGGAGCUUUGUUCGUGGAAGCCUAUACAACUUCUGCUAUAAACGAUUUCGUUGAUUUAAAGGCUCCUACUUCACAACUCCUGUCUCUGGUCCCCGUCGUUGACUAUUCGACUCACAUAUCUUCUUAUCCGCUCCUUCUCUUACAGGUGACAUUUUUCAAAUGUGGAGGAGUAUGCCUUGGACUUGGAUUGCACCAUAUCUUUGCCGAUGGCACCUCACUUUUCCAUUUCAUGAGCUCGUGGGCUGAAGUGACGCGUGGCCACUCCGUAACCGUUCCUCCUAUAUUUGAUCAUCAUCUCCUUCGUGCUCGGGUCCCACCUACCCCAUCAUUCCGCCACACUGAAUUUGAUCCCGCCCCUUCCGUAUAUACCCCUAAACAAUCCUCUAAAUUACAAGAAACUCCCUUGUCUAUUUCCACAACUGUCCUAAAAAUCACCCCUCAUCAACUCAACACCCUGAGACUGAGAACCAAUGUGAAAUCAAAAUAUAGUAACUACGUUAUCUUGGCCGCUCACAUUUGGCGCUGCAUGUGCAAAGCACGUGGCCUUCCUGAUGGUGAGGUAACAAGCCUCUACAUUCCUGUGACUGGACGGUGCAGAUUGAAUCCAAAUCUGCCACCUGGCUAUUUUGGUAAUGCAAUUGUAAAGGCUAGAGCACAAAGCUUAGCUGGGAAAGUCCAAUCUGGGCCGUUCAUUCAAACCGUGGAGAGCAUCCAUCAAACAAUAAAACGAAUGGACGAUGAUUACUUAAGGUCGGUCAUUGAUUACUUGGAAGAGCAGCGGAACCUUGACCUGGUCCGGGCAACAUAUUCUUCCAAUUUUAAGUAUCCGAAUCUUACUGUUGUGAGUUGGGCUGGGUGUAAUCUGUAUGAUGCUGAUUUUGGGUGGGGCAGGCCCAUUUAUGUGGGCCAAGCGAUGAUUUAUUUUCAAGGCGCGGUUUUCAUAUUGCCGAGCCCAUCAAACGAUGGGAGCCUUUGGUUAAAUAUUGGGUUGGAGGCUGAUCGUAUUCAUCUUUUCGAGAGAUACUUUUAUGGGUUCGAUGCGACCCCAAUAAUACCGUCUACGUUGUGAUAACAAAAAGGAGUUUGUUUUUUUUUUUCAGGAUAAACAAAAAAAAAAAAAGAGUUUUGUAAUUCAAAUAUUCAUAUGAUUUUCAAUUUAUUAUUGGCUUUUGUUUUUCUUUUA